UUGGAGACAUCAGAGCUGAAUUUGACAGGAGCUGUCAUUGCAUGCAGCUGCCGCACACAAACUAUGGUUCCGGCCUGGACUUGUUUUUCGGGGGAAGGAAAAUUAAGAAACACCAGACCGGUCACUGAGAGCCACGUCUAAUGGGAGAGGCCAAAGAGGGGACAAUCUGGAGCCGGGAGCGGAGUGCCAGGAGCCAGGGAAGAGGGGUCUGCGCACACUCCGGUCAUUUUUAGAUAUGAUGGACUGACAUUUAUUUUUGUGUUGUCAAUCUGUUUUCGGAAGCCACUCCACCAUGCUCAUCCAUUGUCUUACAGCAAUACAGCAAAUAUUUGAGCUUUAUUUAUUUUAAACAAUAGUCAAUUGAUUACCCAAUAUACGGUUAAUGCAGCUAUGAGCAUGCAGUCUGCGUCCGAAUGUCUUGGUACCCAGUCUGGCACAGUUAUUGAUUCUGGGACUGCUCUCAAGCAGGAUGGACUUGCUUUUUCAAACACUAAGCUGAACACAUCACUUGAUGGUGAAAGCAAUAUUGCGAGAAAUUUACAUUCAAAUAUGUUGCCAAAGGAAGAAAGCAGUAUACAGCUGAACAGUUCCGGAGACACUUGUCAGAAUGGGCCUCACUCAGAAUAUACGGAUUCUCCUUCAUCCACCGAGGCACUAGUGGACUGUAGAAGUGCAGCCCCUCCAGGUGUGGCUGAUUUCAGUGAACCUUAUACUGAGGGCGUAGUUCAUAGAAAAGAAGCUUUGCAGUCGCUGAAGCUAAGCCUUCAUAUGCAGGAAACUGACCUGUCCUCUAGUGAUGCUCCCCUUCCGCUUGAGAAAGAGGAGCAAAUCCGCUUGCAGGCCAGACGUCGCUUGGAGGAACAACUGAAACAGUACAGGGUUAAGCGUCACCAGGAGAGGUCUAAUCAGUCAACUCCUAAAAGUCGCCUUUCAAGCACCUUGGAUCCUGAACUGAUGUUUAAUCCAGAUAACCUUCCUCGAGCCAGUACUGUUGCAAUGACUAAGGAGUAUUCCUUCUUACGUACAAGUGUACCACGGGGACCGAAACUGGGCAGUCUAGGCCUCCCAUCGUCUUCCAAAGAGAAGAAGUCCUCCAAAUCAUCCAACUCUUCUAGCAAAAUUCGUUCUUUAGCAGACUAUCGUAAAGAAUCUUCUGAACCCAACAAUACUAGCAUGGGUUAUUCUGAUUCAUCCCCUGGGUCCCUAAAGCCUAACAGGGGAAGCUUGACCUCAGUGGUGUCAGAAAUUAGUAUGGAAGGACAGAGAUUUGAGGUUUACAAUGCUGACAACAACUCUGAGCUUAAUGGGAGUGAUCUGGGAACAAGACUUGAUGGAAAUGAAAGUGACAGCUCUACUUACAGUAGUGUAUCUGCUGGACAAGGGUCUUACUUAGUUGCCGCAUCACCCAGGAGAGAAGAGGAAUACAUUGUGAAUGGCCAAAGCAUAGCUCCAGAAGAUGUAGGGCAGUAUCCUUCCCUUAGAGAUGUCUUACAAGCUGCUGCCGCAGAGCAGCAGGCUCAGGAAUCGGAGGGGAAUGGUGAACCUAGAAGCCGGAGAGACAGCAUUUCCAGCAGUAUUUCUAUGGAAAGCUCCAUUGCUGGGACUCACGAUGAACUGCUUCAGGUGCUGAAGGAGAAGAUGAGAUUGGAAGGACAGCUGGAGUCACUGACUACAGAAGCAAGCCAGGCAUUGAAAGAAAAGACAGAACUACAGGCCAAACUGGCAGCAGUGAACACCAGGCUUCAAGCUGAGGUUGAGCAAAGCCUGGCUAGCCAACAAAGGCAAGAGACACUGAACUCUGAGGUUGUCACCCUGAAGAAGUCUUGCCUAGAUCUGGAGAGAGCCAUGGCAGAUCUUCAGAACUCAUUGGAAUUGAAGAAUGGCAGCCUGGCUUCUUUAACCAAUGAUUUGCAGGUAGCCGAAGAGCAAUAUCAGAGGUUGAUGAGCAAAGUGGAAGAAUUGCAGAGAGCUAUUAUUCAAAAGGAUAACGCAGUUCAUAAUCUGCGACAGCAGACUGUUUCGCUACAGUACCAGCUACAGCAAGUUCAACUGGACCGUACUACACUAACUAACAAGCUCAAAGCCUCAAAAGCAGAAAUAUCCUCUCUGCAGCAGGCACGUGAGUGGUACCAACAGCAACUCACAAUGGCUCAAGAAGCCCGAGUCCGACUGCAGAGCGAGAUGGCAAAUAUACAGGCUGGACAGAUGACCCAAGCUGGGGUUUUAGAGCACCUUAAAAUAGAAAAUGUGACACUCUCACAUCAACUGACAGAGACACAGCACAGGACAAUCAAGGAAAAAGAGCGCAUUGCUGCACAACUCCAGAAUAUUGAAGCUGACAUGUUGGACCAGGAGUCUGCUUUUCAUCAGAUACAGGAAGCAAAGAACAUGGUGGAAGAAGACCUUCAAAGAAAACUUGAGGAGUUUGAGGAGGAGCGAGAGCAGUUGCAGAAACUAGCAGACUCCGCUGUUGCACUAGAACGUGAAAUAGAGCAGAUGAAGUUGAAUUUGCAUCAAAAAGACCUGCAACUCGAAGCCCUCCAGCAAGAACAUCUUGAAAUAUUGAAACAGCUUACAUCAACUCAAGAAACCCUUUACACCAAAGACCAGACAAUAAAUGACCUCCAGAUGCGGUUUGAUGAACUUGAGGCUAGGCUUGUUGAGCUCCAGAAUGAUGUCUCUUCUAAGGAUGACACAAUUCAGUAUCUACAAAAUCAGAAGAUUGUGUUAGAAGUGGCAUUGCAGGCUGCCAAGAUGGAACAAGAAGGAUUAGACCAUGGAACCAAACGUUUGGAAGAAGGGACUGAAGUUGCUGCAAAAAUCUUGGAACAGUUGCGUCAGGACCUUGCUAUUAAAUCUGGACAGGUGGAGACACUGCAGCAAGAGAAUGCAACUCUAAAAAAACAGACCCAGAAAGUGAAGGAGCAAUUUGUCCAACAAAAAGUGAUGGUAGAAGCAUACCGCCGAGAUGCCAGUUCUAAGGAACAACUAAUUAGUGAGCUAAAAGCCACCAAAAAGAAGCUAGACUCUGAGGUGAAGGAACUAAGAAAGGAGCUGCUGAAGGUGCAGGGGGAGAAAUCGGCAGCAGAGGUCGAACAAGCCCGGAUUAUGAAGGAAAUGUUGAAAUUGCAACAACAAAUGGAAGAACUUGAAUCACAUUUUCAGGCUGCUCAGAAUGACAGAGAUGAAAUGGAAAUCCGUUUACAGUCCAUGCAGUAUGACAAAGAUCAGAUAACCACAUUGACCCAGGAUAAUGCUGCACUUCGGGAACAAAUAGAAAUGUUACAGAAUGAAGCAAAGACGGCAAUUACUGAGCAGAAGCAGAGAAUGAGAAGGCUGGGCACAGAUCUGACAACUGCUCAGAAGGACAUGAAAGCCAAACACAAAGCCUACGAGAAUGCAGUGGGGAUCCUAAGUCGUCGCCUCCAGGAAGCUUUGACAGCAAAAGAAGCUGCAGAAGCAGAGCUCAAUAAGCUCAAAGCACAAAUCUCUGAGGCUGGAGAUAGUCAGGCAUUUGAGGAAAAAUUAAAGGAAUUAAAAAGUGAACUGCAGGCCGUAAGUCACAGUAAGGCCAUGCUUGAGCGUGAACUGCAAGAGGUUAUAUCGCUGACCAGCCAGGAACUGGAGGAAUACAGGGAGAAGGUCUUAGAACUAGAAGAUGAGCUCCAGGAGUCUCGUGGCUUUAAGAGAAAAAUAAAAAAACUGGAAGACCUAAAUAAGAAGCUGACUUUAGAACUAGAGCAUGAACGAGGAAAGUUGUCAGGACUCGCACAGUCCAAUGCUACUCUGCGUGACCAUAACAACGUUCUUGAAGCUGCACUGGCAAAAAGAGAGGCAGACCUGGUCCAGCUGAACCUACAGGUACAGGCAGUUCUUAAACGUAAAGAAGAGGAAGAUCGGCAAAUGAAAGAACUAGUGCAGAGUCUACAAGAUGCCUUAGAGAAAGAGAGAGCAAAAGUGAACAGUCUUGCUGAACAGGUUGCUAGCACCAAGGCGGAAGCUGCACAUAACAGGAGGCAUUACAGAGCUGCAGCACUUGAGCUUAGCGAGGUCAAGAAGGAGCUUCAAGCAAAGGAACAGAUAAUCCAGGCACUUCAGGCUGAAGCUGAAAAAUUACAGAUUAAGGAUGAGAAACACUCUGAAGAACUGUCCCAGUUUCAGCAGGAACUUGCUGAAGCCCAUUCACAACUGGUGCUCUUGCAGAAGGAUCUGGACGAUCAACUCAGCAAAAAGCCUGAACUCAAUCAAGAGGUGGAAGAUCUUAAGUGGGAAUUGGAACAGAAGGAGCAUGAGAUUCAGUCAUUGAAGCAGCAACUAGACAUGACUGAGCAACGCAGCCAUAGAGAGUUGGAAAAUUUCCAGACCUUGCUUCAGAAUCUAAAGUCUGAACUUGAAGUUGUUCGUGAGGAUCUCACUAUUACCCAGAAGGAUAAAUUCAUGCUACAGGCAAAGGUGACUGAGCUGAAGAAUGGCAUGAAAAUCUUGCUGCAGCAGAACCAGCAGCUGAAGCUAGAUCUUAGACAAGGUCGUCUAAAGAAGCGGAAAGAAUUGAAAGGAGAUGUAACAGCAUCCAAUCCAGUAACUCCAGUUAAGAUACCAGACUGCCCAGUACCAGCUUCACUACUAGAGGAGCUCCUGAAACCUACUUCUAUUAGCAACGAGCCUUUGAAAAACCUCAACAGCUGUCUUCAACAAUUAAAGCAGGAAAUGGACAGCCUCCAGCGUCAGAUGGAAGAACACACUAUAACUGUACAUGAAUCAAUGACAUCUUGGAACCACAUUGAAGGACAACUACAGGAUUUGGCAGAACCUGUCAGGUUGCCUCUGACUAGUUCUAGUCCCCCCCAGAAUGAUGAGAACUUCAAUAACAGUGAGCCAGAAAGAACUGAGCAAUGGCUCUGAACUCUUCUGUUAUUUUACAGCUGCUUUCUAAUUCUGGAGGGUAGGAACUUUUAUGUGUGCCUGCCUAUGCCAGAAAUGUAUGCACACCAAAAAGCACAGUGUAAGAGUGACUCUCUUCCACACAAAUUAUUUAUUGUAUAUAAUAUAUAUAUAUUCUGAAGAGAACCAAGACACUUGGACUUUACAAGAGAAGAUGAAAGAUGCCUGUUGGAAAAUACACACAUAUAUGUGCCUAUAGAAACACUCUGCUUUUGUGCAGGAGUCCUUCCUAUAACAGUCCGUAAGGAAGAAUACAGUUAGCAUCUUGCAUUACCUUCAGAAUUGUCAAAGGCCUGUUCUCCUGAAAUGAGUGCAUCUGUGGGUCAUCUCAGGAACUCUCCUAACACAAUUCACACAAAGUGGAGGAGGUUAUUACCAGAUGAACAAACAUGUUUUACAUGCUUCUCUACUCACAUUAGCUGUCCAUUCAGCUAAAUGAUCGUCCUAAUUUGUUCCAUUAAAUGCAGUGUGAAUAUACAUAACCAUAUAACUUGUGAAUCAAUCUUAAAAGGGACUUAAAGCC